CUGUGUGGACCCCACGGAAUUAUAAAGAACCUAACUAUAAUUAUGAAAGCUCGGGAAGAGGAUUCACCGCUGGAGCAAGAGGCGGAGGACAGAACGUAAAGCCACACGCUACCAUUGAUGGUUCCCUAUACACCAUCACACGAGUCACUAUCUGACUGUUUCAAUCAUCUACAUUUCAUUAAGAUCAUGCCAUGUGGGUUUCAUUCACUGGGUUGAUUCAUAACCGUCGGAUCAGACAAGGGAUAUAAUGGGAAUUCAAGGCUUGAAAUUACUUGCAUAAAUUGGAUCGUUGAUCUGCUUGAACGAGGAAUGCAAAGCUUUCGUCUCCUGGCGUUAGAGAUCGAGCAAAGCUUUUUCAUUUAAAGAAGAAAAAAAGAGAAAAAAAUUCCUGUGGCGAAUGCAGAGAGAUGAGAAGAAAAUCGUCGACAAGGCCUGAGCCAUGUGUGCGUGGUAAGCGGUCCAUCGCCGGCAGGAAUUGCCACCGUAAACACGUUGAAGAUGGGUGAUUCGCAUGCACCGUAACAAAAGAAAAACACUUGGUUAUCUGAAUCUCUUUUUUUAAUCUUCUGUUUCUUUGUCUUAUCUCUUGUGUUUAUACAAUAAUUCAGAUCGAAAAAGAUCAAAGCUUUUUUCUGUGUUUUAUUUCUCGAGCUGAUAAAAAAUGGAGGCGAAAACUAAAAGUGAUCCCCCGGCUUUGCUUCAUGGAAAAUACGAACUUGGUCGAAUGUUGGGUCAUGGAACCUUCGCCAAAGUUUACCAUGCACGGAAUCUUCAGACGGGGAAGAUUGUUGCCAUGAAAGUUGUUGGCAAAGAGAAGGUGAUUAAAGUUGGGAUGAUGGAGCAGAUAAAGCGAGAGAUUUCCGUUAUGAAGAUGGUGAAGCACCCCAAUAUAGUUGAGUUGCAUGAAGUCAUGGCAAGUAAGUCCAAGAUUUACUUUGCCAUGGAGCUUGUCCGGGGUGGAGAACUCUUCUUUAAAAUUGCCAAGGGUCGCCUCAAGGAAGACUUGGCAAGAGUUUAUUUUCAACAGUUGGUUUCUGCUAUUGAUUUCUGUCAUAGCCGUGGGGUUUACCACCGUGAUUUGAAGCCGGAAAAUUUGCUCUUAGAUGAUGAUGGAAACUUGAAGGUUACAGAUUUUGGACUCAGUGCUUUCUCAAAGCACUUGAAACAAGAUGGGUUAUUGCAUACAACUUGUGGAACACCGGCUUAUGUUGCGCCUGAAGUUAUUGGGAAUAAUGGAUAUGACGGGGCUAAGGCAGAUAUUUGGUCUUGUGGGGUAAUUCUUUAUGUGCUUCUUGCUGGGUUCUUACCAUUUCAAGAUGAUAACUUGGUGGCCAUGUAUAAGAAGAUUAAUAGGGGAGAUUUCAAGUGCCCACCUUGGUUUUCCCCUGAAGCCCGUAUAUUAAUCACUAAGCUUUUAGAUCCCAAUGCAAGUACCCGAAUCACCAUCUCAAAGAUCAUGGAUUCCUCUUGGUUCAAGAAAUCUAUACCCAAGACCGUUAGAACCAAGGAAGAAUCAGAAUUUGAGGCGUUCAAUGACGACAAAUCAUCCAAGCCUGAGACUUUGAACGCCUUCCAUAUCAUUUCUUUGUCUGAGGGCUUUGAUUUGUCGCCUUUGUUUGAAGAGAAGAAGAGAGAAGAGAAAAAGGAGCUGAGAUUCGCUACAACAAGGCCAGCAAGCAGUGUAAUAUCGAGAUUGGAGGAGGUGGCCAAGUCGGUGAACUUCAGUGUCAAGAAGAGCGAGUCAAGAGUGAGGUUGCAGGGUCAAGAAUGUGGAAGGAAAGGGAAAUUGGCGAUUGCUGCUGACAUAUUUGCAGUGACGCCGUCGCUUUUGGUGGUGGAAGUUAAAAAAGACCAUGGUGAUACCCUUGAGUACGACCAGUUUUGCAGUAAAGAGCUCCGACCGAUGCUUAAGGACAUCGUCUGGACGUCGCCUGCCGAAAACUCGACACUUGCUUGAUUUGGCUAUGGGAGGUGGGAAGCUUCAAGAUUUAUCUGUUCUAGACCAUUGUUUGAUGAUGUUAUUGUUGUUGUGAUUGUCGUCUUGAUUAUUUUUCAUCAUGUCUUCGUGGUUUGGUUGUUUGUGAUAUGGUGAAUCACUCCACAAACUUUAUUGUUGUUGAUAUAUUUUAUGUUGAUGUUUUCAUGUUUGUGUUGAUAUGUGCAAAGUCGACUGCUUCGGUUACAA